AUAUCCGUGUAUUUACUUGUUUAUGUUAAUUACGUAGACAGGUAUGCAAAAGUGAAAACUUGAACUAAACUAAAGGUAAAUCUACUGUGAUUUAACUGCAAUUCACUCGGUAAGUGGUUAUAAAUUACUUUUUUAUGUGUAAAUACAUUUAAAAAGUACUUAUUUCACAGGAAGGUGGGUGGGUUAAACAUAAAUUCAGGGUUUUGUAUUACAAUACAUUAGCGGAUCCGGAUGGCGGGGGGAGGGGCUAAAUUCCGAUGGGCAUAAAUUUUACACAUCUCAGAUCAUUUAUGGAAAUCUUUGCUCGCUUCUAAAAUGAUCAAAACAGUAGGCCUAAUGUAUGCGUGCUUCCCUGUAUGAAAACUGGAAGCUGUAAAACGUCUGUAAAAUUUGAAAUUACAGCUUUAAAAGACUUGUAAGUUGGAAUUACCUCGACGAAAUACAUUGUAAAACAUUCAAGUAUCGAAAAUACAGCUCUCAAUUGUUUUCAGAGUUGAAAGUAACAGCUGUAAAGCUAGCAUGGCUCGAAAUUACAGCUGUAAUUAAAUGUUUUGAAAGCAAACAUGCCUAAUGUAAAAGAUGAAAGGGAAUGACAGAGCACCCCAACCACAGCAAUGCAAACCAUCUUUUAUGCAUUUUUUUUUACGGGAUUAAAGAGAAUUUCAGAAAGUUCUACUUAAAUAUUGGAUUUUUGAAAGUAAUUGAUUCAUUUUGAAAUGUCGAACAAAGAGGAAGCCAAGCAGUUAGUUUUUAAUGUCGAUCUUUGCAAACAAGCUGUCCACCAUCUUGAGUUUUUGAAGACCGUUGGGAGUGUUCCUGAACUGAAGCAAUCGGACAUUUUGAGGCGAGCUGUGUACAGAUACGAGACAUUGUGGCUUCCGCUAGUAGUUGCCCACCCAGAAGAAUGUCUUGCCGCUCCACUUGAUAUUGAAUGGGUUUGGCACUGCCAUAUGUUAAAUCCGGAAGCGUAUGAAAGAGAUUGUCGCACAGCUGUAGGUACCACAGUAAACCAUACGCUUUACAGUAAGACACAGUUUCAGAAAAAACAAAACGAGUCACAAAAGUACUGGUUACAGACAUAUGAAAGCGAAGACAAACCAUUUACCAUCGAUUUCACUACUCCUGAGAACCUGAAAGAUGAUGUCAAUUUUAAAUCUAAGUUUACAUAUGAUAUUGUUGCUGCGGCGGAGAGGCAGAUGGAAUUCUAUUAUCAGGUGUCCUUGCCGCACUACAAAGACAGUAAAUUCCUCGAGCACUCUCUUCUAAGAUACAAACAGUUUUUAUUCAUGAAGACACAAGUUGAUCAAGACUUUCUGGUCCCUUGCUAUGAUAUAGAUCUGAUAUGGCAUACACAUCAGCUUAAUCCCCUAGUUUACAGAGAGGACAUGGUCCGGAUAAUUGGUCAUUUGUUUAACCAUGAUGACAAUGUUGGUGGUCGUAGUGAAGAUUCAAAGCUUAACAACGCUGGGAAACAAACAAGUGAAAACUGGAAAACUUUAUAUGAUGAGAGUUAUUCAUUAUUUGGAGCAAUGUAUCGUGGUAAAUCCCCAAUGGGACGCCUUCACAAUACCAGUAUCAUCAGUCUCAAUUCAGAUGAUGAAUACGCAAGUGAUACCAAAACAUGCAUUGUAACUCUGGAAAAGUUGACACUAACAUUGUCUUCAGGAAAUUCACACAGGUUCGGAAAAUUUGAACUGAAAGGCGCCAGCACUAAUGGUUAUUUGAUAGUAGACUCAUGGUUUACAAAAUGUCAAACAUAUUCGCCUUCAAAAGCAGACGUUCUAGUUUGGACAGAUGUAGGCCAAUAUCAACUAGACACAAAAUAUGCUAAUGGCAUACGCUUUGAUUUAAAUUGUCAGACGGGACAUGCUUGUUGUAAAUCUGAAACGUUCGUAGGUACAUACACCCUUGACAUGAUGCAAUUUGUCAACAAAAGAGCAUAUGCUGUCACUGGUGGACCAAUCAGUAUGCAGGUUAUACUUGGCAACAGUAUCACAUUAGAUAUUCAAGGACGUUUCUCCGCACCUAACUGUAAGCAUAAACUCGAAGUAGAAAAGCUUCUUCGCGGAAAGGCAGUGCUUGGCUUGGAGAAAGGAAAGUACGAGACGGUAAUUAUUCCGGAUGAUAUUCAACAGCUGUUUGGACCUAUAGCGCUAGAAACACGUCCUGUAUCCGCAAGCAUCGUUUGCAAAGCUGCAACUCACCGAUUGAAAACUAUGAUUUCUGGUACCAGUGUAUUCACUGUCAGAGUCAUUCACAGUCAACCGAUGAUUAUGUCCGUUAUUCAAGUAUUCUGCAAGGACAAGAUGGUCGCUGUUGCUCACCUCAUAGCUUCUGAUCAACUUCCGCUGCCAACGCAAGUGAAUCAGAAUGAAGUUACACUGAACCCAAAGCAAGGAGAGAGGGCGGUACUUAUAAAGAACAACCAAGGUGAUUGGGGAAUAUUGGUAGGUCGGUGGACAGGUUUCAAGAGAGGAGUUGCAGGAAAAUACAGUGAGAGAGCUGUGUAUGGCAGUCCUGGUGCACUUGUCAUGAUGUUUUACAGAUUUUCUACAGAGAAGUCUAAAGCUCUUGCAAGCAGCCUAACGUUUUCACUGGAAUCAGCUGGAGUCGAUCUCUCGAGUGGUGUCAUUGAACUUGAUACAUCAAGUACGGAAGUAGCAGAGAAUAUUGCAAUGGCAUUUUCCAUUUCACUUUUACAUGUUUUAUGUAUACCUAGACCUGCGGGAUGGCAAGAAGGUCAAACGGUUGAAAUAACACAAGAAAUUCGAGGUGAGAGACCUAUAACCAACAUUCCCUCGGAUAGAAUAGCGUUCAUAAUAGCAGCCGGAUUACAGUGCAGUACGCCGUCUAAUCAAUACAUGAGUAGUAACUAUGGAAACAAGAUGUGCACUAUAUGCGGUGGAAAUGUAACAAAGUAUGGAGGUGAUUGGACAGAACUUCCAGGCAGGGAUGAAGGGGAUCCAAAUAGUAAUGGGAUUGGCUGUGGUGGCAGAACUAUGACAAAUGAAAAAGAAUUUAGAGCUGGUAUUGUGGGGGCAGGUUGUGGGGGGUGCGGUGGUCGAGUUUGUCGUUCAGAAUGCGGAGGGUCGUGUGGUUCUGGUAAAGGCGCAUGUGCAGGCGCUUAUACAGGGCGCAGUCGUGUUAAAACCGGUAACGACCGUGAUAAUGCUGGUACUGGCAAUGGUGGUGGUAGUUCUACAACGUUCACUACUAGCUUUGAUGCGGCCUUUUCUGUAUGUGACAUUGACAAUGACAGUGGUGGGGGUGGAGGAGGAGGUGGAUGUGGAGGUGGAUGCGACUAAUUCGACCCUACAUAUAUAUCUUAAAAACUGGAAUAAUCGUUUAAAACACUGACAGGGGCUAUCUGUUUGUUUUUCGUUGAAUUGGAAUAUAACACAAGACGCUCGAGUGAAAACGUGAAAAUUAUCCCACUUAAGAAAUGCUU